AUGGUGGAGGUGAGGAAGAUCUGUUGUAUUGGGGCUGGCUACGUGGGCGGUCCCACCUGCAGCGUGAUCGCCCAGAUGUGCCCCGAGGUGACGGUUACCGUGGUGGACGUGAACGAGGACCGCAUCCGUGCCUGGAAUUCUGAUAGCCUUCCCAUCUUUGAGCCUGGACUCCAGGAAGUGGUGGACUCAUGCCGCGGGGUCAACCUUUUCUUCUCCACAGACAUGGAUGAGGCCAUAAAAAAUGCAGACCUGGUUUUCAUAUCUGUCAAUACGCCUACCAAGACAUUUGGGAUUGGUAAGGGUCGAGCAGCGGACCUGAAGCACAUAGAAGCAUGUGCCCGGCGCAUUGCUGAUGUGUCCAUCGGGUGUAAGAUUGUUGUAGAGAAAAGCACAGUUCCUGUACGUGCUGCUGAGAGCAUCCGCCGCAUCUUCAACGCCAACACCAAGAGUAGCUUCAACUUUCAGGUCCUCUCAAACCCAGAGUUUCUUGCUGAGGGAACAGCCAUCACUGAUCUGAAGAAUCCAGACAGGGUAUUGAUUGGAGGGGAUGAGACCCCUGAGGGCCAACAUGCUAUUGAGGCCCUGCGGAGCAUCUAUGAGCACUGGGUCCCCAAGAGCAAGAUUAUCACCACCAACACCUGGUCCUCUGAGCUCUCCAAGCUGGCAGCCAAUGCCUUUCUGGCCCAACGUAUCAGUAGCAUCAACUCCAUCAGUGCCCUGUGCGAGGUAACUGGUGCUGAUGUAGAGGAGGUGGCUCAUGCCAUCGGGACAGACCAGAGAAUAGGCAGUUGCUUCCUGAAGGCCAGCGUGGGAUUUGGUGGCAGUUGUUUCCAGAAGGAUGUCCUCAAUCUUGUGUACCUAUGCGAGGUGCUAAACCUACCAGAGGUUGCAAGAUACUGGCAACAGGUUAUAGAGAUAAACGAUUACCAGCGAAAACGAUUCUCUUCACGGAUAAUCAGCUGCCUCUUCAACACAGUGACGGACAAGAAGAUAGCCUUGCUAGGAUUCGCUUUCAAGAAAAACACAGGCGAUACAAGGGAAUCCUCUAGUAUCUACAUCAGUCGAUACCUGCUGGAGGAGGGAGCCUGUCUACACAUCUAUGACCCCAAGGUUAAAGCGCAGCAGAUCAUGCACGACCUGACUCAGCCCACACCCUCAGAAAGACAUGACCCCGCCACAGUUUCUCGUCUAGUCACCAUCGUCACUGACCCAUACAAGGCUUGUGAGAACGCCCAUGCAAUUGUCAUCUGCACAGAGUGGGAUAUGUUCACGGAGCUGGACUAUGAGAAGAUCUAUAAAGCCAUGCUGAAACCUGCCUUCAUCUUUGACGGUAGAAGGAUCUUGGACAGCUUGCACGACCAACUCCAGCAUAUCGGCUUCCAGGUGGAGACUAUUGGGAAAAGAGUUAACCAGAGGAUCCACUUCACUGCCAUUGAGGACAAGUCAGAAAUAGACCAACAGCAACCAUUGAAGAAGAUCAAACUAUGA